CCAGGAAGUAAAUAGUUAGAAAGUGAAACUUUCUUCUCUCACAAAAUCUUAACCCGGCAUUGUCGCAACAGUCAUUCCUCUCGCUUCAUUUCGUUAAAAGUCUCAGAAAGUGUCACAAUGCUCGCGAGGACUUCCCUUGCCGCAUCGUUCCGACCAACGGCCGGCGUCCUCGACUUUCUCGCGCCCUCCACGCUGCAGAGCCGUCGCCUGUACAACUCGACAGCUACCAAUCAGUCCGCUGCAUCCACUACAACAUCGGCGCAGGCGCCUGGGUCAAAACCGCGAUAUGCCCUCAAUGCGAAGCAACGCGAAUUCCUCGACAGCGCCCUCCGCGUCAACCAGGCCGGCGAGUUGGCAGCGACUUUGAUCUACACCGCGCAAACGCCCCAAGUCGUGCGCUCUCACCCUCACUUACGCCCCCUGAUGAAGCAUAUGUACGACCAAGAAGUGGGUCAUUUCAACACAUUCAACCACCUCAUCGCGAAGCACCGAGUACGGCCGACGGCGAUGUACCCGGUAUGGUACGCGGCCGCGACAUUCCUAGGCUGGUCGACAGGAGUCAUGGGGCGUGAGGCGGCGAUGGCUUGCACCGAGGCCGUGGAGACCGAGAUUGGAUCCCACUACAACGAUCAAGUGCGGGAAAUCCUCUCGUGGAAAGCGGAGGCGGAGAGCCGGGGCGAGGAGCUGGACCCGGAGCUGGAAGAGAUGCUGGCGAACUUCCGGCGGAUUCGGGACGAGGAGCUGGAGCAUCUGGAUCAUGCCGUGGAGAACGAUGCCAAAGAGGCCAAGCCGUAUGAUCCGCUGGUCAACUUCAUCCGCUACGGAUGCAAGGCCGCUAUCAAGAUCAGCGAAAAGGUCUAAUUGUGAAUACAAAAGACACUCCAAGCCUCGCAACAUACGACAUGCGACAUGUUAAUAGCUGGACUAACCCGGCGUUACGGUACCUAUGUAUGAUACACUCUACCUUGCCCUCUGUAUUAUAUUUCAACCAUGCACAUGUACUCUAUAGAAUGCAUCGAAACUCGCUCCG